CUCGGGAAACCCGCUCGGCCUCGCACACGCGCCAAGAGACAGCAGCAGGGGCCCGGGACGCCCUCCGCGCUUCUCUUCUGCACCCCUGCGGGAACUCCCCAGCGGCAGCGCAAGAAACUCAGCUGAACUUGGCUACCGAAGGGCCAGAUCAGCUCACAGCUGUGCUCAAAGCCCACCCGCUCUCCACCCUUCCGCAAACGAGAACAAGGAUGGCGCCUCAUCCCUCGGGUACGCCAGCUGUCGCAGUGACCCACGAGACAGAGCAGCCCUUCCCGGUCGCCUCGACAGAGGAAGUCACCUGCAUCGUGUCUUCUCCGCCGAGCCCCACUCGCGGGACAGGGGGCUGCGUAGAGGCUGAAGGGAGCGGCUGCCGAAGUGCCACCAGGAAGCUCCGGGCGCGGCGUGGGGGACGCAGCCGGCCCAAGAGUGAGUCGGCUCUGAGCAAGCAGCGACGGAGCCGACGCAAGAAGGCCAACGACCGCGAGCGCAACCGGAUGCACAACCUCAACUCUGCUCUGGACGCGCUGCGGGGCGUCUUGCCCACCUUCCCUGAUGAUGCGAAGCUCACCAAGAUCGAAACCCUGCGCUUCGCCCACAACUACAUCUGGGCGCUGACGCAGACGCUGCGCAUAGCGGACCACAGCCUCUACGGGCUGGAGCCUCCCUGCGAGGAGAUGGGCAGCCCGGACGGCGGCUCCCCGGGAGACUGGGGUUCUCUCUCCUCCCCAGUCUCCCAGGCGGGCAGCCUGAGUCCUGCCACCUCGCUGGAGGAGCGCCCCGGGCUGCAGGCUCCUGCCUCCCCUGCCUACCUGCGCCCCAGCGCCCUGGCUUUUUCCGACUUUCUAUGAUGGCCUAUGGGCCGCUGGGCGGUGGGUGCUGGAAGAGGGGCAGGAGGCUGUUCCCGAAAGUGGCGCCGGUGGCCCUCACAUAGACUUGCUCCUUACGUCUCUCCUUCCCUGGUGGGCCCAGGUGCCCGUAGGGGUGGCUGGCCAGUUCAAUCCCCCGUCCUCUGGGCCGCGCCAACUGCUACAUUCUGCCGCUGCCCGCGCAAGUGGGCAUUGCAGGUCGCGCACGUUUUGAGCCCCCUCCCUGCAGCCACCCCAAAAUCUCGUACAAAAAAGACGAGAAUGGUAGCACUGCACAGCGGAAGAUGCUCGCCGUCUCCCACCACCCUGUCCUCACUCAAUUGGUCUCUCUCUAACCACCCCUCCCACAAGGGGAUUUAGUUCAACACUGGGUCUCGGAGCAUUUGCUCGCCUCGCCCAGCGCGCCUCUCCAAAGACGCGGCCUAACUCCUACUCUGCUCCCUGUCAAGUUCCGGGGUCUGGGACCGCUCCACUCUGCCUUAAUCCACGAAGACGUUUUUCUCCUUCUCUUGCACUUUUCGGAGCCACUGCAGGGCC